AUGAAAAUACAGGCCCCGGUGCCUUGGAAGCCAUACUGCAAGGUCACAUUUUGGGACCUACUUAUAUCUCGGGUGUGGGAUUUAAGGAACUUGUGGCGACGACUUGUUGGUAUACAUGGUGGGAGCGGCGUCGUAUUGCGCGGGGCGAACCGGUUCAGACCACUGCUCGCUCAGCACAAGGGAAGAGGAGCCACUGGAGCUGUCAUCCGCGACAAUCAAGGCAGAUUCAUAUCGGCGAGCGCAUGUGCUAUCAGUUAUAACGCUCAGCAGAACAGGAUGAAGCCCCUGAUAGACGCAGCCAUUGGUGACUUGUGCGGCAACAGCGGCACCUUGUUCCCCGGAAAGAUGGUGAUCGCCGACUUGGGCUGUUCUUCUGGCCCAAAUGCGCUAACACUGGUAUCGACUGCCGUCGAGGCCAUCAUGAGCCACUCCCUUCAGUUCCAGCAUCCACCACCAGAAGUGUCUGUGCUCCUCAAUGACCUUCCUCACAAUGACUUCAAUAUGGUUGUGAAGAGCCUGGUCACGCUCCGUCAAAGCAACAACAAGUUUGUUCUUGUGACUGGUGUCACACCAGGGUCGUUUUACGAGAGGCUCUUCACUAGUGACUCCAUGCAUCUUAUAUGCUCAUCCAACAACUUGCAUUUGCUCUCAAAGGCUCCUGAAGAUUUGUCGAGGAACCAUAUCCCUGCGUACGACACGGAUGAACAUGCUAGGCAUGAAAGGCUCCGUAUGGUCCGUAAGGCUUAUGCGCGGCAGUUCAGGAAAGACUUUACCCUCUUCCUGAAGCUGAGAGACAAAGAAUUGGUUCCAGGAGGCCGAAUGGUUCUUUCCCUUGUAGGGAGGUGUUCUGAUGUAAUCGCCUCCAAUUUCUUUCACAUCUGGGAAACCGCAGCUCAGAUUCUAGGUGUUAUCGCCUCAAAGGGUGUCAUCGCCAAGGAGAAAUUUGAUUCUUUCUACAUUCCUAUGUAUGGACCCUCUGCUGAAGAGCUGAAGGAGAUCAUCGAA